AUGUCGAGCUCAUUGUUUUCCUUCAGUCUACAAACUGAUGAGUCAGACUUCCUGUCUGCCUUCUCUUUAAGGAAUCCUUCACUGUCCAUGUGUCCUCCUUUGACUGUGUCAGGUAGAAUGAGUAUAGAGGUGGAGUUGAGACCCUUAACUGCCUACACAUACCUCACCAUCCUGGACCUGUUUAGUUUGAUCACAUGUCUCAUCAGCUCCUGGUGACCAUGAAGAAAACCCAGUCAGGUCUUCUCAUUCGGGUUUGACAGGUUGGAGGUUUUGGCGGUUUUUGCGUCCACCGUCCUGGUGCAGCUGGGAGCCCUAUUCAUCCUAAAGGAGAGUAUUGUGGAACGCUUCAUGGAGCAGCCGGAGGUCCAUACGGGUCGUCUGUUGGUCGGGACGUUCGUGGCUCUGUUCUUCAACCUGUUGACUCUGCUGUCGGUCAGAAACAAACCCUUCGCCUACGUCUCUGAAGCGGCGAGCAGCAGUUGGCUUCAGGAACACGUGGCUGAUCUUAGUCGAAGUUUGUGUGGAAUCAUCCCAGGUCUGAGCAGCAUCCUCCUGCCUCGAAUGAACCCCUUCGUCCUCAUCAACAUGGCAGGAGCGCUGUCUCUGUGCAUCACCUACAUGCUCAUAGAGAUCAAUAAUUAUAAUGCGGUGGACACGGCGUCAGCGGUCGCCAUCGCCCUCAUGACGUUCGGAACCAUGUACCCCAUGAGUGUUUACAGUGGGAAAGUACUGCUGCAGACCACGCCUUCUCACAUCAUCGGCCAAUUGGACAAACUGCUCAGAGAGGUGUCGACUCUAGACGGAGUCCUAGAGGUCCGGAACGAACACUUCUGGACCGUCGGCUUUGGAUCCCUGGCUGGCUCCGCCCAUGUUCGUAUCCGCCGUGACGCCAACGAGCAGCUGGUUCUGGCCCACGUCACCAACCGCCUGCUGCCUCUGGUGUCCACGUUGACCGUCCAGAUCUUCAAAGACGACUGGACCAGGCCUCUGCUGAUGGGGGCACUCUCCUCCUCCUCCUCCUCCUCCUCCUCCCCGUCGGCCCCCCCCCUGGGCCCAGCUGACACCUACGCCCCCCUGUCCUCCUCCACCUCCUUGCCUCCCCUACUCCUGGACCCACUGACCUCCACCCCUUCCAAACUCAGCAGCCCCCCUCCAGAGUUUGCCUUCGACACCCCAGGCAGGAAUGUGCAGGCGGUGGUGCUGCCUGCUCCUGGACCCCCCCACCACGGCCACCGGCCAUACAGCGGCCUGGGACUGGCGUACGGAACCUCGCCCUACGUAGGGAUGCUGGGUCAGGGGCUGGGGCGACCCCUGGGCAUGCAGGGCGUGCAGGGGGGGGGGAUCGGACUGGGCGCGCCCCCCUCUCAGAGCUACAGGACUGCGUUAGGAGGGUCAACGGCACCGCUGGGCUUCGGAACCACCAGCCCCCUGGGCCCGCAGCACCAGUACCGCCCAUACAGACCCUGAAUGGACUGGCAGGUCAGCUGGACACUGAUGAACACAUGAGACCAACAGACCAGAGGACAUUUACUGGUAUUUAUUUGGGUGGGGGGGGACCCAGAGGUCAAUUGUGGAUGGAUUUAAGAUCUAGUUCUUUGUUGUUGUUUUUUUUUUUAUUAGGAUGUUGGGAGUCCGCCUCGGUACAUACGAGUGAAACAAUAAAAAGCAGUGUUGAACUGAA